GUGCGAGCCGCCCGAGAAUUAGACUCACUCCGGACUCGGCCAAACGCAACCGAGAGGAGGGGAGGCAAAAAAAGAGAGAAACAACAGCCAACAACUAGAGGGGAAAGAAAAAAAAGAAAGAACCCCCCCCACCCCCCCAAAAAAAACCCACAAAAAAAGAAAAAAAGAAAAGAAAAAGGAAAAAAAAAGAGAAAAAAAAUCCUGUGGCGCGCCGCCUGGUUCCCGGGAAGACUCGCCAGCACCAGGGGGUGGGGGAGUGCGAGCUGAAAGCUGCUGGAGAGUGAGCAGCCCUAGCAGGGAUGGACAUGAUGCUGUUGGUGCAGGGUGCUUGUUGCUCGAACCAGUGGCUGGCGGCGGUGCUCCUCAGCCUGUGCUGCCUGCUACCCUCCUGCCUCCCGGCUGGACAGAGUGUGGACUUCCCCUGGGCGGCCGUGGACAACAUGAUGGUCAGAAAAGGGGACACGGCGGUGCUUAGGUGUUAUUUGGAAGAUGGAGCUUCAAAGGGUGCCUGGCUGAACCGGUCAAGUAUUAUUUUUGCGGGAGGUGAUAAGUGGUCAGUGGAUCCUCGAGUUUCAAUUUCAACAUUGAAUAAAAGGGACUACAGCCUCCAGAUACAGAAUGUGGAUGUGACAGAUGAUGGCCCAUACACGUGUUCUGUUCAGACUCAACAUACACCAAGAACAAUGCAGGUGCAUCUAACUGUGCAAGUUCCUCCGAAGAUAUAUGACAUCUCAAGUGAUAUGACCAUCAAUGAAGGAACCAAUGUCACCCUUACUUGCUUGGCCACUGGGAAACCAGAGCCUUCCAUUUCUUGGCGGCACAUCUCCCCAUCAGCAAAACCAUUUGAAAAUGGACAAUAUUUGGACAUUUAUGGAAUUACAAGGGACCAGGCUGGAGAAUAUGAAUGCAGUGCGGAAAAUGAUGUGUCAUUCCCAGAUGUGAAAAAAGUAAAACUUGUCGUAAACUUCGCUCCUACAAUUCAGGAAAUUAAAUCUGGCACCGUGGCCCCGGGACGCAGUGGAUUGAUAAGAUGCGAAGGUGCAGGUGUGCCGCCUCCGGCCUUUGAAUGGUACAAAGGAGAGAAGAAGCUCUUCAAUGGCCAACAAGGAAUCAUUAUUCAAAACUUUAGCACAAGGUCCAUUCUCACUGUUACCAAUGUGACCCAAGAGCACUUCGGCAACUAUACUUGUGUGGCUGCCAACAAGCUAGGCACAACCAAUGCGAGCCUGCCUCUCAACCCUCCAAGUACAGCCCAGUAUGGAAUUACCGGGGGCGCUGACCUUCUUUUCUCCUGCUGGUACCUUGUGUUGACACUGUCCUCUUUCACCAGCAUAUUCUACCUGAAGAAUGCCAUUCUACAAUAAAUUUAAAGACCCAUAAAAGGCUUUUAAGGAUUCUCUGAAAGUGCUGAUGGCUGGAUCCAAUCUGGUACAGUUUGUUAAAAGCAGCGUGGGAUAUAAUCAGCCGUGCUUACAUGGGGAUGAUCGCCUUCUGUAGAAAUGCUCAUUAUGUAAAUACUUUAAUUCUACUCUUUUUUUGAUUAGCUACAUUACCUUGUGAAGCAGUACACAUUGUCCUUUUUUUAAGACGUGAAAGCUCUGAAAUUACUUUUAGAGGAUAUUAAUUGUGAUUUCAUGUUUGUAAUCUACAACUUUUCAAAAGCAUUCAGUCAUGGUCUGCUAGGUUGCAGGCUGUAGUUUACAAAAACGAAUAUUGCAGUGAAUAUGUGAUUCUUUAAGGCUGCAAUACAAGCAUUCAUUUCCCUGUUUCAAUAGGAGUCAAUCCACACUUACAAAGAUGCAGUUUUUUUUCUUUUUUGAUAAAAAAGCAAAUAAUAUUGCCUUCAGAUCAUUUCUUCAAAAUAUAACUAACACGUAUCUAGAUUUUUCUGCUCGCAUGAUAUUCAGGUUUCAGGAAUGAGCCUUGUAAUAUAAUUGGCCGUGCAGCUCUGCUUCUCUUCCCUAUAAGUUCAGCAUGGGUGUGCCUUCAUAUAAAAUAAUAAUUUUCUCUUUGUCUCCGACUAAUAAAAAUGUUUUGCCAAAUCCUACAAUUUGAAAGCAAAAAUAAACUACAAGAUAAAGUUGAACUAUAUCCUAUCUCUAAAGAAAGAAGGAGCUGUUAGACUAUAAAAAUCUCAUCUCUCCUUACCAGUGGGGUGUGAGGAUUUUGCCCCACAUAAACUCAGUUUUGUAAUGAAAACAAUGCAAUUAACAUAGUGCAGGUAAAUUUAUUACCAUAUGUAUUCUUGUAGUUGUGGUUGGAUGUUGGAUCCAGUUUGGGAAAUAAUUCCCUUCGAGAUGACAGUCCAUCUGAGAAAUUGCCUAGCAAUACAGCAUCCUUUCCUUUCACUAUCCCAAGCCAAACUUUUCAAGGUGGUUUGUCAGAAAGAACACAAAGUCUGAUCACCUAAUAUUACAUGAGUUGGUGAGCACUCCAAAUUCAUUUGGCUCUGAGGCAGGUAAGUUGGUGUGAUAGAUACAGGGCUCCUGCAGACAGGGGCAUUUCGCAUAUCUUCCACCUGAAAACAUCACUCAGCCGAUAGUUUGGAAUGCAUGCUGUAUAAAAGAAAAUGUUCCAAAAUAUAUUGUAUCAAAUAUUCCAUGCUGGUAUGCAACAGAUCAAUCCCUGAAAUAACUAAUUCUGCAAUAAAAUCUUUCUGUGUAGCCAUGUCAGUUCAAACAAGCAAGACCAAAAAACAAACAACAACAAAAUUACCAUACUUUAUUUCUUCUUACAUGAUAUAUGUAAGAUGUGAUCAAAGGAAGACAAGACACCAGUGAUUAGAAUAUCUUAAGAUAUAUUAAUUAUUAAAUUAUCAUGGAUAUUUGUUUCUAUCAUAAGGAAUGAAAACUACAUUUUUGAAGGAAAA